AUGCCCCGUCGCAAGGUCCGCUUCAACACGCGACGCCCCCACCACCCCACCCAACCCCAUACCACACCCCAGAACUACGCCAGCCUGCGCAACGUGAAACACUUCCCCAACUUCACCUCCCUGCCCGCAGACGACGACCUCGACCUACGCUACUACACAAAAGGCGGGCUCGGCUAG